AUGGAAGCCCGAGAGUCGGCCCCUAAAAUUGAUUGGGGUGGGGCUCACAGGAAGUAUGGCGAAGCCAGUGUUGUGAGCGUCUGGUGUCGAACGGAGCCACGCUGGUCAUCUUCGGCGCUCAUCCGCAGCUGCAAACGGAUCAUCUCCUGCAUGGGGUUCAUUACCUAUGUCAUCCAGAUCCUCCUCAACCUCUCCAAGAGUGUCCCCCUCCACCAGUAUGACAAGACAAUCAAGGCGGUGUGUGACGUAGAGAACUCUGUGGACAUGCUGCUGGAUCUGCUGCAGAUCUACAGGGAGAAGGCAGGAGACAAGGUGCCUGACAAGGGAAGCAGCAUCUUCACUAAGGCCUGCCUUCUCCUGGUCAUCCUGCUGCAGGACCAGAACAGGGAUCUGGUAUGGCACUACUACUACAACAACAACCACAACAUCAUGAUCAGUAUAAUUACUUUAUUUUGGAAGAGCUUUUCAUACAACUAAAACAAAACAUUGGUAAGAACAUGAAAAAGAUGUGACUCGUGAAGCAAGAAAACCGUUUGGAGAUUACGGGAAAAUUAUUAGACCACAGUCGAGGACACAGCAGUUCACCUGAAACAAGACUGACUCCAAACACGGUUGAUUUUGUGUGCAUUUUACAUUUACUUUACUU